AUGUCAUCAUCCACGUUAGCCCCACAAGUAUAUGGUGCAGAUGAGAUAAAUGCUGUAGUUCUUGAUCCGGGCUCAUAUACUAUAAGAGCUGGUUUUGGUGGUUACGAUUCACCGACCUUAGUGUUUCCAUCCAGUUAUGGGGAACAUCCUAAAAAAGAAGGGGAAGAUGGCUUUGUGCGGAUAUUUGAUGAAAAUUCGUUGUACGCACAUCCUCAAUCGAAUACCGUAAUCAAACCAAUCAUGAAAGACAAUUUAGUGCAAGACUGGGAUGGAGCGAUUGAGCAAUACGAGCACAUGUUUAAACUCAUGGAUGUUGAUCCAAAUGAGCAACCGCUACUUCUUACUGAAUCGACUAUGAACUCGCAUAAAAACAAAGUUAAAGCACUUGAAGUAUUCUUAGAGCAGGAGCAAUUUUGUGCGUUUUACGCAGUUAAGCAGCCAACGUGUGUUUCAUUUGCGCAUGGGAGACCGAACUGCCUUGUUGUGGAUAUAGGGCAUGAUUUAUUAACCGCAACACCAGUAAUAGAUGGUAUAUGCCUUAAGAAACAGGUGAUGGGAACAAAGUAUGCAGGUGCUUUUGUGGAUCAGCAAUUACGGCAAUUCCUAGAGGAGAAGAAGAUUAAGUACAAUCCAAUAUACUCUGUCAAAUCAAAGAAACCGACAUAUUGGGAAUCGCCAGAAUCACAUUCGCAGUUUGAGCCGAAAACAUUUGACAAUGAAGUUGAUCCUUCAGUUGAAUCUUUCAAUAUGAACAGAACCAUCCAGGAAAUGAAAGAAACGCUUCUAGAAUGUUGUGCUGAGGAUGAACAGGUGGAGCGUAAGGAUUUUAGCGAUGGCGAAGGGAAGCAUGAUGGCAAUAAAAAUACGGAUGAUGAUACAUUAUACUUUGAGCUCCCAGAUGGAUUAAAUGUUCCAUUUACAAAGUAUGAACGCCAACAGCUUUCAAACUCCCUGUUCAACCCACUUGAGACACUUAGUAAGCCUAUUUGUGGAUGGGAAAAGCCACAUAAUGGUGACAUUAUUUCCACCUUAGGUCACGGCUCGGAAAAAACAAGUAAAGAAUAUGUUCCGUUGAGAAGAUCGAAAAGGCCAGACGAGAACAAAUCUGAGAAAAUGCAGGCAAUUUUGGCAAAGUUUAAGCGUGAGAAGGCUCAAAGAGGAAUGGGUGUGUCUAGAUUGGUGCAAACUGUGUUGGAUAACUUAGAUAUAGAUCUUCGUCCCCAGUUGGCAAACAAUAUUGUUCUUACAGGAGCUACAAGCUUGAUACCGCGCCUCAAUGAGCGUUUGCAUAGUGAGCUUACCGAAAGGAACCCAAGUCUAAAAAUUAGAAUCCACUCUGUUGGAAACACUAGUGAGAGAAAGUAUUCCUCGUGGAUUGGUGGCUCGAUUUUGUCAUCCCUAGGAACGUUCCACCAGCUUUGGGUUUCUAAAGCGGAAUAUGAAGAGGUUGGUGCUGAUAAAUUGAUAGUCAGCAGGUUUAGGUAG